AUGGAGCCUAAUAAUAUAAAUGUGAAACCUGAACCAUUGUUUAGUAAUCUGUCCACUGGAGUGUUAUAUUCUGUUCACAAUCCCGGUGAUAAUCAGUUGAGUCCUCCAUGUACUGUUCUCCAAGAUGAUUCCUUUCCAAACUCAAACUCGAUUUGUAUACCUUCAGUUAGUUUUCCACUCAAUGAUUCCGAUAAAUUGGAUACUUCGACAACAGUAUGUUUGUCAUCCCAAACAAAAGCUGAAUUUUAUUCAGAAUCAGAUAAAAGCAAUCACAAUUCACUUUCUAGUUCUACGGACUCAAACACAAAGCCUUUAUCUGUCCAUUGUGCCGAGGAGUCAUCAAAUGUUUUUUCCGCUCAAUCAUCUCUACCCUCCCUCAAUUCAGAAUUUCAGGUCCCGAAUCUUCCAAGCGAAUGCUCACAUAAGUUCCCUGUACAUGCGGCUGCCAAGCCUAGUGAAGCAUUGUUUGUUCGGGCCUUAAUUGGACGCUGCAAGCGCAUUGCUCCUUUGUGGUUUCGGGGUGUUUCAUCAAUGCGUGAACGCAAUCGGGAAGAAAACCGUCGCAUGGCAUGUAACAGUGGCCAGAGCCAAAGUGAUUGGAGUCUCAUAGCAUUAAAAAUCCGGGAGAUGAAUGCUGGGAGUGAGACUGAUGCUGUAUCAAAUCUGCUCAAGAAGUUGUAUAAAGAGUUGCCCAGUGACUCAGUAUUUUGGUUUCUUAAAUGUUGGCUUGGAAGUGAGGAUACUUUAAAUGAUCCGCAUUCUUGUGUUAUAAGCCGUGGUGAUGCUAAAGGCCGUAUGCGACGCAUUGAUGGUGGCAAAGGUUCUGAUAAAGUUUGGAGAUUAGAUACAAUUGUUGGUAUGCUGUAUCAUGGUUUACCAAUGUCCAGUACCGAUACCAACAUCAUGGUUCAUACAUGUGAUCAUGAAUUAUGCGUUCGACCACAGCAUAUUCGAUUCAGAGCUAGUUCAGUAGCGCUUGUUGUGGUUUUAAAAGCAUUGGCUCAAGCAGGUUACACCAUUAUUCCACCGUCGAUUGCUGCCAAUCCUGAAGGAAUUGCUCCUAACGUACCGGAUGAAUAUGUAGAUGUAUUUGGGCCUUUUUCUAUAGAACAACUUCAACAAUAUAGAAGUGAAAACUUAAAUCCUGCCAAUGAGUCUAUAUCUAAGCUUACUUUAAGUGCAUCUGAUCGUGACUUAAUCGAUCUGGUUCCAGUUAUUAAAGAUGCUUUACAGAAAUCUGAAACUACAACGACAAUGACAACAACAAUAACAACGGGAUCGAUGAAUUUGAACCGCGCCAAUUCAUUUCCAAAUUCAUAUCUAUCCUAUGGUGGUUAUCAUAAAUCUCAUAAAUUAGAUCCAUUACAUGAAUCAUUAACCAUAACAACUACAAUUAAUAAUUUUUCAUUGAAUACAAUUAAUUAUACUAGACAACCAUCACCUAUAUAUCAACAUUCAAUAAAUGAUUUCAAUCAUUCAACAUUAUUAUGCUCUACAAAUAGAAAUCAUUCAAUUCAAUCUAAUAAUCAUAAUAAUAAUGACUCAAUGAUCUAUUCAAAAGAUCAUAAUGGAAUUCUAUUAAAAUCGGAACGUUAUAGUUUAAAACGACCAAGACCAGUAUCACCUAGUUCAUUUCCAUCAUCACCAGCAAAAAAUUCAUAUCAUUUACAUUCUUCAUCAAGUCCACCUCUACUUAUAUCUGGAAUACCAUUUAGUAAUAACAGUAAUAGUAGUAAUAACAAUACUAAUACUACUACUACUAAUAAUAAUAAUACUCGAAUUUCACAAAUUCAUCCACAAAUUCGUCGACCAUCAGAUUCAACAUUAUUAACCAAUGGGAAUAUUUCAUCAUUGAUCUCAAAUAAUCCUGUUAGUUCGACAUGUGCCAAUAAUAAUAAUAAUACUUCAAGUGCAUUUUAUACUUUUUCUGUGCAUGAUAACACUUCUGCCUUAUCUAGAUCACUUCAGUGUGCUAAUACUAUCAAUACUCCUACUAAUGCUACUAUUACUAGUAAUACUACUGCUACGACUUCUAUGGUUAUCUCUACUUCGAAUAGUCUAUUACCUCAUUCUUCUCCUAACUCUCUUUUAUCACGAUCUAUUAAGAAUGAUCAAGAUCAGUCAAUGCUUCAUCAUCAUCAUUUCCAUUCUGACCAAUCAUUAUUCCAACGACAACAUCAAGAAGGCGAAGAAGAAGAGAACGAUGAUGACGGCGAUGACGAUCAUUCAUCAUCACCAUUUCUACUUCAAUCCUGCACUACCAUGCAACAACAACAACGUCAUUGUAAUUUAAAUAAAGAUGGCACAUUCCUUUGUUCACAACCGUAUCUUGGGUUAAUAGUCAAUAGUGGUUCAGUGAAUGGCUUACAUAUAUAUCCAUCUUCUGUUAACAAUACAUUAAAUACAACUACUAAUAACAAUAAUAUUAAUACAACAAUAUCUUGGAUGAGUAGUUCCAAUUACUCAUCUAGUGGGAAGUCAACACCUCGGCAACCGGCGAAAAAACGUCCUGAAGCUAGAACACCAACUAUAGAUGGCUCAUUAGAUGAAAACCUACUGUCAUAUCCUCUGUCAAAUUCAUUAACUAGCAACACCUCAAUGAUGACAACAUCGACAGCAACCGGAUUAUGCAAUUUCGAUGAUUCACAUUCACAUUUAUCAACAACACCUGUAACAUCAUCGACAGAAUCGACAACGAAUACCUUUAUGGUACAUCAUAAAUCACCAUUCGUCCCAGUGCAUAGUAGAGUUGGUCGUCCCAGUUCAACAGAACUAACUCCUACUAGUUUAAAUUAUAUAAAUGAUGAUCCCGGUUCACAUUGUCUUUCAUCAUUUACAACAACGAUGACAGUAAAUAAUUCGCCAAAAAAACAAAUUUCAGAAAAAUACCAAUUAAUAACCAAUGCUACAAAUGUCAAUUUCUCAUCGACACAUCAUAAUACCAGUGAUCGUAAUGUUGACGAAGAUGAUGAUAAUGAUGAUGAUGAAGGUGAAAUGGAUCAAGAAUUAGUUGAUAUUAUGGUUGCACGUAAUACUGCUUCAACUGUAUCAAAUUUUUCAUCAUAUUCUUCAUCGAAUUUACAUAAUUCAUUUAAAUCACAAAUUGGCCACAAUCAAAUCCAUCCGCUUCUGUUAAAUUAUAACAACAAUAAUCGUAGUAUUACUACUACUACUAAUAAUAAUAGUAAUAUUAAUAAUCGACAAGAUUUACUAAAUUCUGAUGAGAUUGGUAGUGCUAGUCCAAAUGGAAAACGUGUGAUAGCUGCAAUUGUUGCUGCUUUAGCGAAUGUCAGUGAAUCACCAUUAAUGAUGGAGAGUUCAACUCCAGUUAAUAAUUCACGACGAAGUGUAUCAGCUUGUAGUCUUCCACAUAUAGAUGUUAAUGCAUUAAAUGAAGAUCCAGUGGAUUUAUUUUCACAUCAUCAUAAUCAUAAUCAUCAAAAUAAUUAUAUUAAUGGUAAUUUUAUAACGAAUAUACAUCAAAAUCAUAUUGGUCAAUCUAAUAAAUAUAAUUCACUAAAUGGUAAUAGUGAAUGGAAUUAUUCAAAUAAAUCGAUGACUAAGAAAUCAUUAAGAAUGGGGUUUGGUGAUGAACAACCAUUGACUCCACCACCGCCUAAAUUAAUGUCAUCAUCGUCAAGAAAACGUUUGACACCUUUAUCAGGACCAAUGGUAAGAACAACAUCAUCAACAGUUUCAUUACGGAAUGAAAUCAAUUCAUUUCUGAUGAUCAUGCAACAUUAG